GUGCAAGGUCAACGUGCCCACACGUCUGUUUCUAGAGAAGGUUAAUGUCUUCUUGAAUGGCAGUGUUUAGCACCACUUUGUUUGGUUGCACUUGCUCGUUAAUUUCAAACUAUGGCACUGAGGCUGCUGAGGGCUAGUUUCACGCACUUGUGACUCCUGUAUGUUGCUAAAGUUUUUAAUUUGAGGAACAGCAACGUGCCGGAUUUAGUGUUGAGGAACUGCUAGUUGGAAAGGGGAAGUCAUGGCAGCAGAUAUUUUGCUAAUGAGAAGACUGAACAAACUGAGAGUGAUCUAUCAGAGUCACAGUCUGAGUGUUCAGAGGAGAGAACGCCUUAGUCUCGCCCAAAAUCCUCUCAAAGAACAGAUGUAUAGCUGCACUGAGAGAACUGCUUCAACAGUUAAAGGUGUUUUAAAAUCAAUCUAUAGUUUUCCUCACAUUGGAACAGGAACAAAUAUUACUAAGCAUAUCAGGGUUCUUCAUGCUCUAAAGGACAAUGCAGAGGGCAAUGGAGUGAUCAACAUUUAUAGUCACAAAUGUUUGGGGAAAACCAGAUGCAAGUUAUUUCGAGGGCUCACACAACCACAUUUGCCAAACUACAGCCAGAGCUGUUCAUUCCAUCAAGAUCACUUGCUCUGGAGUGAUGCAAAAAAAGAAGGACCUGACACAUCCAAGAAACACAAGCAGAUGCUCAGCGAGAGCUCCCGUGAGCGCAAAGUACCAGUUACAAGGCUAGGACGUUUGGCAAAUUUUGGGGGCUUGGCAGUUGGACUGGGCUUGGGAGCUAUUGCAGAAGUGGCAAAGAAAAGCCUCAGAUUAGAUGAGAAAAAAGGGAAUAAAAAAGGUGUCCUUGAUUCAAAUCCAUUUGUCUCUGAGGCUAAUGCCGAACGAAUUGUUCGGACUCUGUGUAAAGUCAGAGGAGCUGCUCUUAAACUUGGACAAAUGCUUAGCAUCCAAGAUGAUGCUUUCAUCAAUCCUCAGCUGGCAAAGAUCUUUGACCGUGUUCGACAGAGUGCUGACUUCAUGCCCACAAAGCAAAUGAUGAAAGCAGUGAGCAAUGACUUGGGCCCAAACUGGCGUGAUAAGUUGGAGUUCUUUGAAGAGAAGCCUUUUGCUGCUGCUUCAAUUGGUCAGGUGCACCUGGCUAAGUUGAAGGAUGGCAGAGAGGUGGCUAUGAAGAUCCAGUACCCUGGAGUGGCCAAAAGCAUCAGCAGCGAUGUUAAUAACCUAAUGGCUGUCCUCAGUAUGAGUAAUGCAUUACCAGAAGGUCUAUUUCCAGAGCACUUGAUAGAAGUUAUGAGCAGGGAACUUGUUCUAGAGUGUGAUUAUGUGAGGGAAGCCAAAUGUGCCAAAAAAUUCCAAGAGUUAUUGAAGGAUCACCCUUUCUUCUAUGUGCCAAAUGUAGUGGAUGAACUAAGCAGCCAGCAUGUCCUCACUACAGAGCUGGUGUCUGGUUUCCCUCUGGAUAAAGCUGAUGACCUGCCACAGGAACUCAAGAAUGAGAUCUGUGAGCAGAUUUUGAUUCUUUGCUUGAGAGAGCUCUUUGAGUUCAGAUAUAUGCAGACUGAUCCAAAUUGGUCUAAUUUCUUCUUUGACCCACAAAAGCACAAGGUUGCACUGUUGGAUUUUGGAGCCACAAGGGGUUUUGAUGCAAGUUUUACAGACGUGUAUAUUGAGAUCAUCAAGGCUGCAGCAGACAGAAACAGAGAGGGGGUUCUGCAACAAUCAAUUGCUAUGAAAUUUCUGACCGGUUAUGAGUCAAAGGCAAUGAUGAAUGCCCAUGUGGAUGCAGUGAUGAUCCUCGGGGAAGCGUUUGCCUCAGAAGAGCCCUUUGACUUUGGCAGUCAGAGUACAACAGAGCAGAUCCACAGGCUCAUCCCUGUCAUGCUAAAGCAGCGUCUUACCCCUCCUCCAGAAGAGACCUACUCUCUGCACCGCAAGAUGGGAGGCUCAUUUCUUAUCUGCUCCCGUCUCAAAGCCAAGCUGAGCUGUAAAAACAUGUUUCAGGAGGCGUAUGCCAAAUAUUGGCGAGAUCGACAACUACAAACAGCCCAGUAAGCAGUUUUGUAAGCAGCUCAUAGGGGAGUGUGGAAAGCCAGUCUACAACUAGGAUCUUAAAAAAAAAAUUAAAAAAAAGACAAUAUUGUGAUAUAAUGUGCAUCAUGAGUAAAUUACUGUCUGAAUUUCUUCUGAAUGGCAUGAAGUAAAAGUUGAUGAAUUUGCAGAACCUUGUUACUAAAGUUCAUUUUGUGUGAUGCCAAGACCUAGGAGACCAAUUCUAAAGAAGCCAGUAUUGCAUGUGAUAGUUACCACCACAUAUGAGGGGCACUCUCAAGUAUACAUUUGGCCACUUCUAAAAGCAUUCAUACCACAGCACUUUUGAAUCCUUGAAAUCUGACUCGGCACAGUUGAAUUCACAAAAUUACAUUAUUGUUGUUAUAAUACAUUGUCACUAUAGUAACAGGGACAUGGGUUGUGAACACUCCUUAUAAAUGUAGUGAAAAAAUGUGUGUAAUUGUUGAUAGCCGUAAAUGUUUAGUAUUUUAGGAAUGAGUCUCCAGUGCCUGCAUUUUGUAACAGAGUUAAGGGUAAGUUUUUUUUUUGUUUGUUUGUUUGUUUUUUUCCAUCACAAAAAAAGCCUUCAGAAUGGAGGGCUCAGUGGUAUCUUGCUAACAUGACAAGCUGCAUAUUUUUUUUAUUUUUUUUUGUCUUAUUAACUUCAAGAGGCAAAAGAGAGGUUAGUGAGGGAAUAACUGUAAUCUAACUAUAAACAAGUGUAUGUAUAUAAACAAAUGUAUGUUGUUCUUUAUAGAAUAAAAAUAACUGAUGUGGUAUAAGGGGAAUAAAACACUUAAACACUGUUAUUGGAAGAUAGUCAGCUUUGGGAUGAUAACAGACCUCCGUGUUGUGUUGUGUAUAAAACUUUUACACUUGACAGUUGUUCUGGAACAUAGUUUUAUUUAGCCUUUUAGACACAUUUUACAGAAAUGGAGAAAGUGAGUGGUGAAAAUAAGACUGCUCAACAGCCGAAAACAACGUUGAAUGGGUGCUUCUAUAUACUGAUAUGCCAUACACGGUGUAGAGAGAACAGUUCCCCUCAAAAUCCAUGACUGUAUUUAAAAAAAAAAAAAAAAAAAAAAAAAUACCAGACAGUGGUCUAUUAAACAUAAACACAGUGUUUGACAUUCAUGAAAGUGUUGAGGAAAGCUGUGUUUUUGAGGACAUUCUCCUGCAAUAACUCAGUCCAUUGUGUCUUGGCACUCAUGGCAGUAAGCUAUUUCCUCAGAAUAUGCCUCUAUCUGAAUGGUGAUGUUGUGGAAGCUGAAUUCAGUCUGGAGCAGCUUUGUCAUAUCCAUAAGUGCAGUAUGUGGAUCGGUUUGUUCAUCUAUGGUAAAACAUUAUUUAAUUUAUAACAUACUGUAAAAUAUAUUGUGAAUUACUGUAUAUAGUAGUUUUGCUUUAUUUAUUAUAAGUUAUUGAAUAUGUUAAAAGGAA